GCCGUCCUCGUGAUGCGGCGAAUGCACCGAAGUGGCGCCGUUCCGCCGAACGUGGUGAACAGCAGCAGCGGGGCCACCAGCAGAUGGGACCGCCGGUGUCGAACCGGUACGACGAGCGUGAUCAUCGCAACAAUCGUGAGGCUACCGGCAACCGUUCCUCAACCGGUGGACAGGAGCGCGACAGUGUGGAGCAGCAGGACCGUUUGAAUCGCAGCGGUAGUGGAUCGGUACGGGGUGGACGCAAAGCCUCCGAAAGCCCGGCCGGAUCCACCGGUAGCCAGCGCCAGUCAGCUUCCAGAAGCUCUAAUACACGCGAAUCGAACGACAGGCUGGCCGAGGAUGCUGCAACCGAACGGCGGCAACGCAGCUCAACGGAGCAAGGGUCGGCCGAGAGGGCUGAUGAACGCCGUGCCGCAGGUGCACGCAAGCAACCACAACCAGCAACAGCAACCACAAUCGCCCCAUCGGAAGCGAAGAAACCGAACGAUCAAACAGCUUCAAAGGAAACGCCCUCGGUCGGCAACAAACGUGGCACUGCGGCGGUGGCGCCAAAUGAGAACAAGAAGGAACCGAAAUCGUCCGCGGGCUCCACGCGCAGUGCCCGGUAUAGUAGUAGCCUCUCACGGACACCUUCUCCCUUCCUGAAACCUCACGAACGCGAAGCGUCAGCUAUCGCCACCUCCGGGUCAGGACAGCGAGAAGAAAAAACAAAUGCUUCGGCAUCGGCCGCAAAUGCUGCCACUAUCGCAGCUGGUUCUAAAAGAUCGCAAAAACAACCGAAAGCAGCUAGCACCAAGCAAGAGUCAGCAGCCAGUUCGGACAGUGAAGACGAGGACGACGACGACGAUAGUUCCGGAAGCGAGAGCGAAGACUCGAGAAAAGCGAAAAAGAAGCUUGUUCGCAAGGAUGAAGAUGAUCGCAGACAGCGUGAGGCUGCCGCAAAGCUGGCCGCCGCAACAGCACGAAAAACAGAAAAGCUCAAGAAACGAAAGGCGGACGCAAAGAAGCAGCAGCAGCAGCGGCCAACUAGCAAACGUCGCUCAUCGUCCUCCUCUUCGUCGAGCAGUGAGGAAGAGGACGACGACCGUAACGCCAAGGAGGGUAAAUCGUCGGACGAGAGCGAUGAUAGCGAUAGGCGGAAAUCGAAAAGCAAGGAUCGACGUCCACCAAAGAAAGCCCCUCGCAAAGAAGACACAUCGAAGACGGGCACCACCACGGUGGAGGAUCAUCGGAGCAAAUUAUCGACCGCGACCGCGACCUCGACGAAGGAAAGUGAAGCACCGGCGAGAAAGGUUCACCGUGACAGCGGCUCUAGUUCGCUUGCCGCCGAGUCUCAGCCAGGCAAGAAACGCAAACACACCACCACCACGGUCGAGGUCGAUGAGGGAAAGGCGAAGCAGAAGGAAAGCUCCAGCCAACAGCUGUCCUUGAAAGCGAAAUCAACUGCCUCCAACAGUGCCAGCUCCGGGGCGAAACCUGUCGCAGCUGGAUCGACUGGUGCACUGGCCGAACCCGAGUCGUCCUCCUCGAGCGACUCGACGGAGCGCCAUCGCAAGAAGCGUCGCAAGGAGAAGAAACGCCCACGGGACGCUUCGGAGGAGGGCAGUUCGUCCGAUUCCGAGUCCGGCAGUAGGCGCAAGAAGCACAAGAAACACCGGAAGCAUAGCAAGAAACACAAGAAACACAAGAAGCAUAAGAAAUCGAGCAAGGCCGGUGGUGGUGGUGGCAGCAGCAGCAAGUACCGGGGCGGCAGCUCCUCGUCCUCGUCCGAUGAUGAGGAGGAGAUGGCACGCGAAGGGAAGAAACGUGGACAGACACAGUCGGCCCAGGCGACGACGGCGACGCUCGGUGGGCCAGCCAUUAACGAUGAUCUGGAGCGUCAGUUGCGUGAACGGGCGCUCAAAUCGAUGAAGAAACAGCAGAGCAGCACCUCCGACUGAAAGCGCCACCAAGCCCCAGCGUCGUCGCCAUCAUCGUCCUCGCCGGUGCGGCGCUGGGGUACAAGACGAGUCAUUCUGACGCACCGUCGUGAGUAACCUGCGUUACUUUUAGUACUACCGCUACUACUACUACAACCGCUGUUACUAUACUGUGCUACUCCUUUAGCGAUCAUUCGGAUUCAGGCAAAGGUUCGCUCUCCAGAUGUCCGAUAGUAGAGCAAAGCAUCAUCGUGCGUGCGUGCGUGCGUGCGCGCGUACGAACGUUUAUUGUAUAGGGUAUUGGACAUAAGACGAGGCGAGCGAGAGAAGAUCACGCACUAGUGUAAUAGGCGGUUACGCGGAUGUUUAAGGAUUUCAAACAAAUUGAACACAUUACCCGCCCCGGGGGGAGGAUUAGCACUUUGUGAUGCUACUCCCACAUUUAACGAUCGUAUGGGUAUGCGUAAUCGGGAUAAAAUGGCUCCCCUCCUAUCCAUUUCCUCUCAAAAAUCAGGUUGUGUUGAAUGGGUUUUAUUAAGCACCAUGGCGAGAUGACGGUGAUCGCGUGUCCAUUGUGUUGGUAGUACCGCGAUCGCUCGCACGUGCUCGGGGUUCUUCAUCCUAUUCCUGAAGUAUUUGUACCUUUCCGUAAGCACACACAGGACAUAAGAACAAUUGAUUUAAGACGCAUAAUAGCUAAUCGGGAAGAGACCAGUGUGUACAUCUUUCGGCGUCGAUCGAAUUCUUCUUUCUCUCAUCUUUAAACCUCUCUCUCUCUCUCUCUCUUUUAAAUCUCCGGGAACUCGAACGUCCCGAGAAGCGAACUGCUGCUAGGCUAGGGUGCACGCGACAUAAGCAAACAGAAUAUAAUUGAACAGAAUUUUUAGCUUUUAAGUCACAAACACAACAUCAACUCCCCCUUUCCCACGAAAGGAGACAAGCGAAGCGCGCUCGAGCGAGAAAGAGAGAACCAAGUAAUAAAUUAAAAAUAAAUCAUCCCACGCAAGCUGUCUCUUCCCUACACCCCUCUCAGAUCCCCCCCUUCUUACUUUAUGACACACAAAUGGUCUCUCACUAUCUCGCUAAUUCAAUUUGCAAUGAUUGAACCAAUUUGGUCCGGUAUAGGGAAGCGCGGUAGGGAAAUGAGUAUGGAUUUGGACCCCCACAUGCUCUAGAAUCUACAGAUAAAGCCAAGAUAGCGCAGUCAGCAGGAUGCGUGCGGUACGGUGGACCCCACCCCGCACUACAUAAGAUAAUUGUCGUGCAACGUGUGUGUGUGUUGUGUCUCAAUUUUCAAAAAUUUACCACACAGCGACCGAGCGGCAGAAGGAGGACAUCCUGAAACACAAGUAGAGCAAGCGCGCGGACGACUACAUAGAGGCAGGAUCGAGCAACCAAAACGAAACAGCAAAUAAAGAUUAAUAAUCAUAUAGAGAA